AUCCUUUCAAUUAUCUCGCUGUUAUGAUUGAUAUCAAGUUAAGGCUGUCUUCAAGUCCUAUAUGACUGAAUAUAUCACCUGUCAAUUCGUUGCAUCCCAUCGCCAAAGCAACAUGAAGGAAGCGUCCAGCCCCAGCUCUAUGGCAACUGCCGAGGUUGUAUCCAGUCCUCCAGAGCUCACAGAGUCAUCAAAUAACUUCACUAUCUUUGCCAACACAAUCAACGGCAAAGCGUCUUUGAACGGUCGAAAAACACAGGCAAUUAAUCCUUCAACUCGUCGUCCGUUAUGGGAUGUCCCAGUGGCAACGGAUGAUGACAUCAAUACUGCUGUUGGUGCAGCCAAAACGGCAUUUGAGAACUGGUCAAGAACUCCUUGGAAGGAAAGAGCCACGUAUAUCGAUAGAGCUAAGGAGGCGUUGAUGGAUAUUAGGGACGGGAUGGCGAGUUUGAUUAUGCAAGAAGCGGGAAAGCCUCUGCAAUUUGCCAAGAUGGAGGUCGAUCAUUCAGCCAGAUUUCUGUCCUUUUACUCUUCACAUCCCGAACUGGAGACAAGGGUAGUUUCAGACGACUACGAACUCCGACUGACAGUGAAAUAUGUCCCCAUGGGCGUUGUUGCAGCCAUCUGCCCAUCGAUUCACCCAUUGCUGCUAGCAGUAGCCAAAAUCGGAGCAGGAUUGAUUACCGGCAAUACUGUGAUUGUAAAACCCUCCCCCUUUACGCCGUAUAGCACCUUGAAAUUUGUCGAUUACAUCAAAUCGAUAUUCCCACCAGGGGUUAUUCAAGCGUUGAGCGGUGAUGAGACGUUAGGCCCGAAACUGGUUGAGCAUCCUGAUAUACAGAAAAUCGCUUUUACCGGCUCAACUGCCACGGGAAAGAAAGUCAUGGCUGCUGCUAGCAAGACUUUGAAGCGGGUGACUCUAGGACUAAGUGGGAAUAACGCCUGCAUCAUCUGUCCGGAUAUAGAUGUCUCCGUGGUAGCUCCUCAAGUAUCGGUUGGCGCUUUCUUGAACUCUGGCCAAUCUUGUCUCGCGACUAGACGCAUUUACAUACACGAAGACAUAUACCAAGAAUUCAUGCAGCACAUGAUCGACGUGGUGAAACUUUGGAAAGCAAGCCCUUCCCUACCAGGGGCCGGAAACAUCCUUGGACCGAUUCAGAAUGAGAUACGAUACCGACACGUCAAACAAAUCGUUGAAGAAUCGAAACAGAAAGGUCUCAAUUUUGCAUUUGGUAAUGCAGAGUUUGAUGAAGAUAAUCAUUUUGUGAUUCAGCCGGCGAUUAUUGACACUCCUCCUCAUGACUCUCCGGUUAUGAUGGAGGAAGCUUUUGGUCCUAUUAUAUCUCUCUUCCCAUGGAAAGACGAGCAAGAAGUUAUCAACCGCGUAAACGAUAUCAAAACGGGACUGGGAGCCAGUCUCUGGUCAGGCGAUAUGGACCAUGCAGUCGCUAUUGGAGAGCAAAUCCAGGCGGGCAUGGUAACUAUCAACAGUCAUCCAGCACCACUCCCCAGUGGAUUUCUAUCAGGGUGGAAAGAGAGUGGAUUAGGUGGAGAGUUAGGUACUGAAGGUCUCUUGUCAUAUUGUAAUGCGCAAACUUUGUACUGUCACAAAUUGCCGGUUGGACCUGGUUCGGCUGAAGCUGAUUGAUCGGAUAUUAAUCCAAAACACAAAAAAAGUGUUAUUGUGUAUGUAUCGGCGUGUUCGGUUCAGCAUUCACUGUACAGUUUGUAUCUAUCUCGAAAUCAACGCAGACGAUUUGAAGUUGUGGUCGUGAAAUUGGAGACGAUGGAAUACUAUGAUAGUGCUGAGAGUG